AUGCUCAUCGAAUCGGAGGUACGCGAGAAGGCCUAUCGGUUUGUAACAUUCUCAGCCGUCACAUUCUCGUUUGUUGCAAUUUUGGCUGUAUUUAUUACAUUACCAAUGGUCAAUAACUAUGUCAACUCAAUCCAUAUGCGAGUGCAGUCAGAAAUGGAAUUUUGCAAGGUAUGA